AUGGCCGACUCCGACGGCGAGUACCAUGACAUGUCUGAUGACGACCUCCAUGUGACAAACGGUAAGGGAGUAGACGGCGGGAAGGGCCGCGGGAAGAAGGGGAAGGGCGGUCACACGAAGGCGCGAUGGGAGGACGUGAAGCGAAGCUGGGAAGAAGUCACAGAAGGCGCGGAUGGCAGUUUGGCGGUUGGCGCGAGCCUCGAGGCCGAGAAGAGGCGGAGGCUGCUCCGAGACACAACACCACUGCAGCGCGGCAUCAUCAGACACUUGGUUCUGGUGCUAGACAUGUCCUUCGCGAUGGCAGAGAAGGACAUGCUGCCGAACCGGUACCGUGUCGCAUGGGCGUACGCGGCAGAUUUUGUCAAGGAAUACUUCGAGCAGAACCCUAUCUCGCAGCUAGGCAUCAUCGGCAUGCGGGACGGCGUCGCGAUCCGGAUCAGCGAUAUGAGUGGCAACCCGACCGAUCACCUGGAGAAGCUCAAGACAUUUGAGGGACAAGAUCCGUCGGGCAACCCGAGCCUGCAGAAUGCGCUUGAGAUGUGCCGCGGCGCGCUGUUCCACGCACCCUCCCACGGUACGCGCGAAGUGCUUAUUGUGUUUGGUGCUCUCUUGUCCUCCGACCCGGGCGACAUUCACGAUACAAUAUCAUCCCUUAUUACCGACCGUAUCCGCGUGUCCAUCGUCGGCCUCGCGGCGCAGGUCGCUAUCUGCGCGGAGCUAUGCUCUCGCACAAAUGCCGGCGAUGAAACGCAGUACAGCGUGUGCAUGAAUGACGCGCACUUCCGCGAUCUCCUCCUCGCCACGACGACGCCGCCCGUCACACGGACCGUCGCCCAGAGCACCGCCUCGCUGCUCAUGAUGGGCUUCCCAUCGCGCACUCUUGCGCAGGGCGAGGCUACCGCCGUCUGCGCCUGCCAUAACAAGCCCGCCCGCGAGGGCUACCUUUGCACCCGCUGCGGCACGCGCGUGUGUCGCCUACCCAUCGAGUGUCCCGCCUGCAGCCUAACCCUCAUCCUAUCAACGCAUCUUGCCCGCUCAUACCACCACCUCUUCCCGCUGAGGAAUUGGAUUGAGGUGUCUUGGGCCGAGGCCGCCAAGUCGAAAGCCUGCUACUCGUGUCUGACAACGUUCCCCGAACCACCCAAGACGGGCAGAAGAAAGGACAAAGAUAAAGACAAGGAAAAGGAUGGGUUGCACACAACGGCUCCCGUAGCGCCGACGCCGGUGACCGCGUCGGACCUCAAGGGCGUUAGUGAGAGCGGGCGGUACUCCUGUACGGUAUGCGGCAACCACUUCUGCAUCGACUGCGACGUCUACGCGCACGAAGUCAUCCACAAUUGCCCCGGGUGCCAGAGUGACACCCGCGGGGCGCCGAUGAAGGUGGUAACGGAGACAAAUGGGUUACACGCCCACCAGACGAACGGGACGGCAAUGGUGGUGGACUCAUGA